AGAGGGCCAGGCGGUACGUCUUAUCGAUAACUCUCAAUACACGUGCCGCGUGCGAUUCGUAAACAAAAUGUAUUUCUAUUAAUUAUUAGCGCAAUACACAAAAGAAAGCCACAGAAUGUCACGCAUAAUAGUCAAACAAUUGCCCAAGCAUAUAACCGAAGAUAAACUGCGCAACAUCUUCGGUGCAAAGGGAACGAUCACCGAUCUGCAGCUUAAGUACACGCCAGACGGCAAGUUUCGUCAGUUCUGCUUUGUUGGCUACAGCACAGAGGAGGAGGCGCAGGAUGCCAUACAGCACUUCAACAACUCCUGCAUCCAGACGAGUCGCGUUCGCGUGGAGUCGUGCGCUGCGCUGGGCAGCGAAUCCAAGCCACAGUCUUGGAGCAAACAUGCCAAGGAUAGCAAACACAAUCUGGAUAAACUGAAGGCUGCCGAAGAAGAGAAGGAGAAGAAGGCAAGCCCAGGGAGCGAGUCAAAGAAGAAGGAAAAGGCGAAGAAGGAUACCAAAGUCGUCGAGAUUCUGGGCAAGCACAAAGAUGAUCCAGAGUUCCAAGAGUUCCUGCAGGCCCACGACAAGACACGCACUCUGUGGGGCAACGAUCUGGGCGUGAGCGAACAGAACCCCGAGAAGGAGGACGAAGACGAAGACGAGGCUGAGCCAACAGCUGCACCCAAUGACGGCGGCGUCGAUGCUGAUGGCGACGAACCAGCGGGCGAUGAAGAAGAAUCCCCAGUGGACGAGGAGGCUGAGAAGCUGGCCGAGAAGCCCAUUAGUGAUCUGGAGUACAUGAAAUCUCUGAUGGCCGGCAAGGCCGCCGAGUCCACUGCUGCAGCAGCGUCGUCCAAGAAGUCAAAGGUGGAAAAGAGUAGUCUGGAUCUAUUCACAAUUAAGAUACACAAUGUUCCAUACAACACGAAGCGUCAGGAGGUGCUCAAGUUCUUCAAACCGCUCAAGCCGUAUUCGGUUCGUCUGCCCGGCAAGGUGCACGGAUUCUGUUACGUGGGCUUCAAGACCGAAAAGGACAUGGCCAAGGCGAUGGUAAAAAACAAGAGUUUCAUCAAGGGCAAGCAGGUCUUCUUCUCGGACUUCACAGAGAAGAACAAGGUGACAAAGGCCAGCAAGAGUGGACUGCCACCGCCCAACGCACCGUCGGAGAGCGGAGCGAAUUCCAAGUGGAAGCACCAGCACGAUGGCCUGAGCAAAGAGGAGAACAUCUCCGAGUCGGGUCGCAUAUUCUUUCGCAACCUGGCCUACACCACCACAGAGGAAGAACUGCAGAAGCUGUUCGAAGAGUACGGACCCGUGGUUGAGGUCAAUCUGCCGGUGGAUAAGCUGACACGAAAGAUCAAAGGCUUUGGCACGGUCACCUACAUGAUGCCGGAGCAUGCACUCAAAGCAUUCAAUGCCCUCGACGGCACGGACUUUCACGGUCGGCUGCUGCACUUGCUGCCCGGCAAGGAGCUUGACAACAAAGACCAGAACGAGCUGGACGAGGACGAUUCCUCGCUGACCUUUAAGCAAAAGAAGGCCCUCAAGCUGAAAAAGAGCGCACAGAAGCCAAUUGGCUGGAACACGCUCUUCCUCGGUCCCAAUGCUGUGGCCGAUAUCCUGGCCAAGCAAUUCAAGACAUCCAAGGAGCGCAUUUUGGACACCAGCGAAGGCGGCAGCAGUGCCGCCGUUCGUCUAGCCCUCGGCGAGACCCAGAUCGUGAUAGAAAUGAAGAAAUUUCUCGAAGAUGAGGGCGUUCGUCUCAGUGCCUUUGAUGAGCCCUCGCAGAAGCGCUCCAAGACUGUAAUCCUAGCCAAGAAUCUGCCGGCAGCGACCGAACUAUCAGAGCUGAGUCCCAUCUUUAGCCGUUUCGGACCCAUUGGACGUUUGGUACUGCCUCCCAGUGGAGUCACGGCGCUCAUCGAGUUCUGUGAGCCGUCGGAAGCACGUCAGGCAUUCAAGAAGCUGGCCUACAGCAAGUUCAAGAAUGCGCCCCUUUACCUGGAGUGGGCGCCGGAGCAGACCUUUGCCACAACGCUCAGCGGUGAGCCGAUCAUACCGAAGACAGAGAAGGAAGAACCUAAAGAAAAGGAGCCGAAGCGAGCGCCAACGCCAGAAGUUAAAGAGGAGUCGAAGCCUGAGCCUGUAGACGACGAAGAGCCCGAGCCAGACACCACAAUUUUCCUGCGCAACUUGAACUUUAAAACCGUAAAGGAGACCGUGCUGGAGCAUUUCCGCCACCUGGGCGCCAUUCACUCAGUGGAGAUAGCGAAGCGCAAGGAUCCCCAGAACCCACAGCAAUUCAGCUCACUGGGCUAUGGCUUCAUACAGUUCAAGAAGGCUUCCGUGGCAGAUCAUGCGCUCAAGAAUCUGCAGCUCACCCACAUCGAUGGCAAUCCCGUGGAGCUCAAGCGUAGCGAUCGCGUUCUCAAAAACCAAAACGAGGAUGCCUCACGACGUGGCCAGUCAGCGCAAAAGAAGCAAACGGGCACAAAGAUCCUAGUGCGAAAUAUACCCUUCCAGGCACAAUACCGCGAAGUGCGAGAGGUUUUCAAGGCCUUUGGCGAGUUGCGUUCCCUGCGCAUACCCAAAAAGGUGACAGCGGGCGAGGAUGCCCACCGUGGCUUUGGCUUUGUUGACUUCAUCACCAAGGCGGAUGCCAAGCGCGCUUUUGAUGCGCUCAGCGCCAGUACCCAUUUAUACGGACGACGCCUGGUGCUCGAAUGGGCCUCACACGAUGAUCAAAACGAUUUGGACGAGCUGCGCAAGCGUACUGCAGCCAGAUUUGACGACACACAAGCGGGAACGGCGGCCAAGCAGAGUAGACGCGCGUUCUUCGAUGUUGAGGGCAACAUCCAGGCGCCAGAAGAGAACGAGGAGGAGGAAGAGAACCUAGGACGUGGUCAUGUCAGGGAUCGUUAAACGCUUUUACCAAGUAAAAGCUUGUGUAAUGAGUUCUUGUAUAAAAUAUAAAUUAAAACAAUUUUUAAACCAAA